UUCCCUGGCUUCUGCAAACCCCGAAUUGUCGGGGAACGGCACAUCGACGAGGCAAGAUCAGGCCUCGACUCCCAUCGAGGAUUCAUUUGGCCCGUUGGAAGAAUGGGUAGAUUCAUACCGACAGCAGCAUUUACGCGUAUUCCUCGAACCAGUGCGCGUCGAGUAUGAAGAUCCCUCUCAAAGUGGAUCGACGACUGAGAAUUGGGCAAGAGAGGAAAAGGCACGAGUCAAAACGAUAUUACAGUCAGCAGGUUUCGAACAUCUAGUGUCAUCUCUGACCCGGCCAUCACGAACAAACAACGCUCCCGAUCAAUCACUCCUUACAAGAAGAUCCACCCUAUCUGGUGCCUCGAGGACAUCACAAGCACGUUCAUCUGUACUGACAGUCAACUCGAUUGCAUCGUCUUCUCCCUCAGCUACCUCGUUGGCCACUCUCAAAACUUUAUCCCCCUCCUGUCCAGCCUGCCGUGGACCCGUCAAUAUCAUAUUCGCAAAGGAGCCAGUUACGCCGAGCAGCAAACAAGGCAAUUUGUCGCUUUUAUCUCCAGAUUUGACCGCAACCCAACGGUAUCAACGGCUGAAAAAGUUGUCCAAAACUUUUGCGAGAGGGUGGUGGAGAGAAUUUCUAAUGACUGUAACCGGGAGGAGCCUUUUACUCAGACUUGUCGCUCAGUAUAGUUUCCUGAUAUUUUUAGUCUCCAUGAUCAAGGCGUCGGGGCGUGUUCGACAACGAAAGUAA